AAAGAAACAACCAUCAUAUGGAUUCAAGCCAAACCUUUUUCAACUCAAAUUCAUCUUUUACUCCAUCAUCUCCCUAAAAAACUAGGUAUUAAUGCAUUUUUUAUAAAAGACCUCUUCCAAGUCCUUCCUUAGAUAGUCUAGAAGAUUUCAAUUUAAACGACAUAUUAUCAGUAGGAGAAAGCUCAAGAAAGUCUUCAGGUUAGAGGUUUGAGAAACCUGUUUUAGUAAUUGAGUAUUUAGUAGAAAAACUCAAAGACUAUGAAUGAACUU